UGAAAAUAUCAAAUGGUAAUGAACUCCAGUCACUCACUAAAGGUUAAAGAUGUUGUUUUACAUGUGAUUUUUGAAGUGUUUCUCAUUUUCCCUGAUGCAUAUUCAUUUAUCUAAAAACAAUAGGCCAAGCCAGAUUACAAAACAAAUUGCUCCAGCAUUUACUUCGGUCUGCUUGAGAACGUUGCAACGGAAUCAAACCAACUAGCUGAAUGAUGUGGUACAUUCAAGAUCUAAGAGAAAGUAAUAUGUCAGACUCGAGAAAGCCUUUUCAGCAAUAACUGCACAGUGAAGAAUUGCUAUCAAAACUAAAUGGCAUUGAAACCAUGAGGUUAGUCUUGUCAGAAGACUGGAAACAUGUGUGAAAUGACACGACAUGAUGGGUAGAACACAAAAGAAAUCCUCACUCAGGGUCAGAAACAGUUACAGACAAAUAAUUACAGAGGGAGAAAACUGACCAAACCACAGCACCCAGAAUGAUGGACCGUUCGUCUGCGGUCACACAUCCCUGCAGAUGUGACGUAAAAAAGAAAAAAAGAAAGCAAAAUAUGUCAAAAAUAGAAAAUGCUGUCAGGCAUGGGAAAUAAAAAUUACAGCAGAAAAAAAAAUGUGCCCAGUGAUGUUUUGGAGAUGAAUGUGAUGAGUGGGAACACAGAGAGCCCAUUCACCAGCCGUCCUGUGUGCAUCUCCGUGGGUAAACACGCGAAGCGUUACGCCGCAGCACGGCGAAACCUCGCUAGCUUCCGAGAACAGACCAGUGGUCCACGGCCUCACUACCUUAGGCUUAAUGUCAGCCAUGCUGACGCGAUCCAGCGCACCUCCACCGCGGCGUUAGCACUCAGGUGCUUGACCUUUGACAUGGCUAACACGAGGAGCAAAUAUGUCCUAAUGAGACAAACGUGCUAAAUGAGGCGCACAAUUUGCGUCCGACAGGCACUUAUCUCUUCUGAUGGCUGUUUGCUCAUGCUGCUCUUCUUUUCCGCUGACCUGUGGGGAAAAAGGCUGCUGGCCGGGCCCUGCUGCUGGAGGUAUAUAAGACCAGAGCUCCUGAUGUUCAUCCUCAGCCUUCUCCUCCAUCUCCACCCAGAGGAACACCUUCACCUCCACCUUCAUCUCCACCCAUCAACACAGCCCACCGUUGCCAUGGCUCUCUGGUUCCAAACAGCUGCUCUGCUGAUCAUGGUGGCACUGUCGUCCACGGGCGGUGAAACCGCCGCGGCCCAACAUCUGUGCGGCUCUCAUCUGGUGGAUGCACUGUACCUGGUGUGUGGAGAACAGGGCUUCUUCUACAACCCUAAGAGAGAGGCAGACCCCAUCCAGGGAUUCCUCCAGCCAAAAUCCGGCCAGGAGAAUGAGGUUGCAGAGUACCCCUACAAAGACAUGGGAGAAAUGAUUGUCAAGAGAGGGAUUGUGGUGAGGGGGAUUGUGGAGCAAUGCUGUCACAAGCCCUGUAACAUCUUCGAGCUCCAAAACUACUGUGCCUCUCUCCGCAGCUGAAUCACCCCGAGCACCAGGCCCUACAUGAGGCACAUGAUGAAAAGAAGAGAGAGUAAAUGGCCUUGCCCAUGCUUUUAAUCAAUCAAUGAGAGCUUGAAUCAUCAUUUGGAGAACCUAUGCUGGCCAUUUAAUAAAGCAUGUACAAAAAUAAAAA